GUGAUUCCUCUCCGCCAGACCGCCGCAGCCGCCAUUAUGGACACGAGUCGUGUGCAGCCCAUCAAGCUGGCUAGGGUCACCAAAGUGCUGGGCAGGACCGGCUCUCAGGGACAGUGCACACAGGUACGAGUAGAAUUUAUGGACGACACCAGCCGCUCCAUCAUCCGAAACGUGAAAGGCCCCGUGCGGGAGGGCGACGUACUCACGCUGUUGGAGUCGGAACGAGAAGCUCGGAGGUUGCGCUGAACUUCGGUGCUGGGUCCUGGAUAUACACAUCUAUUUGGCCCUCGGGAUGACCUGCAACUGUUAAAUAAAGUGUUUCUUUAUAUGCCAA